AUGCACUCCACCUCCUUCGGCGUCUCGGACAAGCUUCAAUCGGAGCUGCAGCGGGCCUGCGGCGGUGCUGCUGUCGGCGGGCUGCAGAUCCACAUCCGCAACGAGACCUUUGAGCUCGGCGAGACGCUGCCCACGGUGUCGGUGCCCGCGCUGCUCAAGGCUGCGAUCACGCCGCUGCUGGACGAGCGGGCGCCGUGCUACCUGCUGCUCUCGCUGCAGAGCGAGUGGGCGCUCGCCAGUUGGGUGCCCGACGCCGCCGGCGUGCGCGACAAGAUGCUCUACUCUUCCGGCCGCGAGGCGCUCCGCAAGGCGUUUGCGUCGCUCGGCUCUCUGUCGUACGAGGCGCACUGGGCGGGGAAGGGCGAGGCGGACGUGGAGGCGCUCUUCGCGGCGCCGACCGAGGAGAAGGCCACCCUCGCGCUGAUGACAGGCACCGAGAGGAUGGCGCUCGAGGACGCCAAAGCAACCGCCGUCGAAGCCGCCUCCGGCAAGGCGGCUAGCCCACCCACCCUCCCCUGA